UCCAUUGCCCUGACUAUGAAUACUCAAUACGAUAUCGAUGCCGAGGACCAGUUCUCAUUCGAUAGUUUAUUUACAAGUUUUUUACAUAGUGGUGAUGGUGAUGGCCAUGGUGGUGAUGGUGGUGAUGGCCAUGGAACAAACGGUGAAGAAAUCCAUGGUGGUGAUGGCGGUGGUGUCCAUGAUGGUGGUGGUGAUCAUCAUGAAUGA